AGUCAACUUAAACUUUAAUCUCUCUACGUUGUUUUCCUCGAGCUCGACGAGCAGAGGGUAAGAAUACUCGUCUGCCAUAUCUGCUUGCUGUUUGUGUCUGUGUUAGUUUCACUUUUGUUUCUCGGGAAAUGAUAGCGUGAUGUUCGUGUGUUAAUGACAAGUUGGGUUACACUUUCUCUUUCUCGGUACUUUCCAGCGUACAGCAGCUCUGAUUCGGGAACCAUGUCUGCUACUACUGUAGUAGUUCCGCUCCCAGAGUCUACAGUCAGCAUCGUGAGACAGUGUGGACCCACUCUGAUUGAUGUCCUUCUAAGCAAAUUUGGGUGUAUGACCGUCAUUGAGGGUGUGGAUUUUGAACAAGAUCCAACCGUUUCAUGGCAAAGGAAGUCAAAGGUUGUAGCGGAGAAAAGGUUCACAUGUGCACUGCGUGGAGCAGUAAAGGUGUCUGUGUGGAAGGAUGAUCUCGUCAAUUUGCAGGUGGAUGCUGUCGUAAAUGCCGCAAAUCCCAAGCUUCAGCAUUAUGGUGGCCUUGCUCUUGCUCUGUCCAUUGCUGGUGGUCCACAAGUCCAAAAGGACAGUGAUGACUAUAUUAAACAGCAUGGAGACUUGCAAACAGGAGAUGCAGUUAUUGGUGAUUCUGGGUCCCUGCCUUGCAAGAAAUUAAUCCAUGCUGUGGGUCCCUGCCUGCCCCCACAUUCCAGCAAGUCAGAGGUUACAUCGGGUCAAGUGCUACUGGAGAAGGCCAUCAGAAGCAUUCUGGACAAAGUUCGAGAACACCAUUUGAAGACUGUCGCCAUACCUGCUAUAAGCUCAGGACUGUUUAACUUCCCACUGCCACUAUGUGCAGACACCAUUGUGUCCACUGUGAAACAUUACUAUGACCAUUUGAAGACAGGACAUCGUCCUGAGGAGAUCCUCCUUGUGAAUAAUGACGAACCCUCAGUAAGGGCAAUGGAGAAGGCCUGUCGUGAGAUACUACACUCCCACCCACCCAAGACCCACAGCUAUGCAGCAGUGGACAAAACCAUUUCUGUUCACAUCGAUAAUGUUCUUCUGACACUGACGUAUGGUAAAAUUGAGGAACAGCAGACUGAUGUCAUCGUCAACACUGCAAGAUCAGACUAUAAUUUGAGCUUUGGCGAAAUCGCCAAUGCAGUGCUGAAGAAAGCAGGUCCUGGAAUACAACAGGAAAUUUUUAGAAACCCAAAAAAAGAUAAAAUCAUUGCCACGGCAGGCCACAACCUGCAGUGUAAAAAGGUGUAUCAUACUUUUUGCACUGAGAAAGGAGCGCAUUCAGCUGAGCAGACCCUGUCAGCAUCAGUGUUGGAGUGCUUAUGGACGGCGGUUUCAGAUCGACACAGUUCAAUUGCCUUUCCCGCCAUUGGCACUGGAGCGCUCGGGUUCAGCAAAAAACAUGCUGCUCACAUCAUGUCAGACGCAGUGGCUGACUUUGCCCUGAAGUCUGGCUGCCAGUUGGAAGUUGUUUUUGUCAUAUUUCCAUCUGACAAAGACACAUUUAAGGCCUUUGAGCAAGAAAUGGGAUCUCUCCGAAAAAGAGCACAAAAUCCCAGCUUUCCACAGGCUGGAAUGCCGAGAGAUCAUUUCCAUGACACCAAACCUCCCACCCCACACAUCAGCCUGAUCGGCCCGUCCGAUGAGUUGACACGCGAGGCCAGACGAUGGCUCACCCACCUUCUCCAAUCCUCUGGUGAUGUCACCAUCUGCAACAACUUCAUCCAGCACUUGGGCGACAACGAAUACGUUGCCUUGUGCCAGCUGACCGAAAAGGGAAUUUUCAUUGAGGAGUCCUUUGAGAACGGUCACUCAGAAAUCAAGUUAAUUGGGAGUCCAUCGGAUUUUGUUGUUGUCGCUGCUGUGCAGGUGGAGGCCAUGCUCUGCCACGUACAGAAGGAGUUUGUCAGAGAAGAAGAGCGUGCCAUGCAUAUGAUGAGUGCUGAGAAUGUGUCUUUUUUUAAAAAGAAGACAGUCAGUAGCGUCAGCGAUGAAUUCAACCGCAAAUUCACUAAAUUGAAAAAGGAUGGGCUGCGAAUGGUGAAGUUGGAAAAGGUGGAGAACCCUGCACUGGAGAUGAUAUUUGAAGUCAAGAAAAAGCAGCUGCAGUGCUAUACUCAUGACAAAAUGUUUCAGCGCAUACCUGCACAGUUCUGUGACAUGAUCAGUCGUAUUGGAUUCCACACAGUGUGUGCACCACCUGCAGAGCCAGCGUUUGGAGAGGGCAUCUACUUUACUGGUACGGUGAAAAGGGCCAUGCAAGUGUGGAAGCAGCAAAAGGAGGAGUAUGUGUACUUCGUGGAGGCUGACGUGCUGAAGGGAAAAUCCACCUCCGGUAAACCCGGUCUCAUCGUGCCACCUGCCAGGGAGACAAAUCCCCAAAGUCUGUAUGACAGUGUGAGCGGAGGACCUGACGUCUGUGUGAUAUUCAGUGGUUAUCAAGCUCUGCCCAAGUACAUUAUUACCUGUGAGGCGAUGUGAAGGACUAAAUCCUCCACUCUGUCCUUUUGGUUUAUUGUUUAUUGUACACAAUUAUUUACUGGGGUUGCAACAAUCAUUGGUGUAUAAUUAUAAUGUGUAUCCAGAUAUAACUACAGAAAUCACCAAAAGGCUGCUCUAUAUGAGGCUUCUUACUUUUAUUUGCAAAACCAGUACUGACGUUAUUUAGAAAAUGUUUAAAACUCCCCUUUCUCGUGGGAUUAAACAAAAUCUCUCCUUUAAAACUUACCUCCUCUAGCAGGUAAAAAUGCACCAUCUUGUUGCAGAAAUACCUUUUACUUUAGGAGAAGAUAGUUUCUCUGUGGCAUCACAUGGCAUAAAUAGAAAAAUCGUUAAAUCUGAUCUAAUAGAAAUAUCAAUUGAUUAAUUUGUUCAUCUUUGACAACUGAUUGUAAGUAAAGAGUGAGUAAAAGUUUGUCUUUAACACCA